AUGAAAAAUGGUGCUGUAGAAGGAGUAUCAUAUGAUACAAAAGCUGAUAUUGAGAAAUCCAAUUGUGAAGUAUGCUGUGAGGGCAAACAGAAAUCAAAAAGGAACAAAAAUCAAGACAUUCAGAACCGACAAUGGAGGGGAGUUCUGUUCAGAUAUGAUGGAGAAGUACCUGAAAGAGUCAGGAAUUAUUCAUCAGAAGACGAAUUUCGCGAAGCGAACGAAACUCCUGAAAAGCUCCAGGAGUCAAUUAAUUGCUUGCAAACUGAUAUUGCGAAGAUCAAGUUUGAGUUUGCAUCACAAGAUCAAAGGUCCCGCCUAAAUAAUGUGGAGAUCAAGGGAGUUCCUCUUAAAAAAGAUGAGAAUUUAUUUUCAAUCUUUGAUUCUAUCAGCCGCAAGAUCAAAUACAAUUGUCCGAAAACCCAAAUCAAUUAUAUCUCCAGAGUUCCCAUAUAUAAUUCCAGCGAAAGGCUUAUAAUUGUGAGUUUUCUAAACCGUUACAGUAAAGAGGACUUUAUUGCGGCUGCUCGCGCUAACAGAGACUUGUCUGCCCCCGACAUUGGUUAUCAGGGAUCGUCGAAUCGUAUCUACAUCAAUGACCAUCUGAGCGUCGAACAUAAGAAAUUGCUAAGCAGAGUCAAGGCCAUCGCCAAAGAGAAAUCAUAUGAGUAUGUAUGGUUUAAGCAUGGUAAAAUCCAUGCCUUGAAAAAUCAGUCCUCAAAGCUCGUAAUAAUUAGAAAAGACGCGGAUUUAAACAAGAUUGCUUGA